AUGGAAGCAAGUCCAAAGGAAGUGAAAGAAGGUGCAGAGAUGACCCUGACAUGUGACACAAUUUCUAAAUAUCCCAUAGACCUGCUAAUUGCUUUCUACAGAGAUGGAGAGAUGGUGCAGGGGUUAUUUCCAUCCAAUAUGUACCAGAUUCAGUCAACUGGUCUGAAAGAUUCAGGAGAUUAUACCUGUGAGGUCAGAACAUCAAACUACAAUGUAAAGAAGAGAAGCCGUGUGUUACAUAUCCAGAUACAAGAACUGUUUUCAACCCCACAAAUGGAAGCAAGUCCAAAAAAGGUGACAGAAGGUAUGAAGAUGACCCUGACAUGUGACACGAUUCCUAAAUAUCCCACAAUCCUGCUAAUUGCUUUCUACAGAGAAGGAGAGAUGGUGCAAAAGUUCAAUUCAUCCAAUAUGUACCAGGUUCAGUCAGCUCAGCUGGAAAACUCAGGAAAAUAUACCUGUGAGGUCAGAACCUCAAACUAUGAUGUAAAGAAGAGAAGCCGUGUGUUACAUAUCCAGAUUCAAGAACUGUUUUCAACCCCACAAAUCGAAGCAAGUCCAAAAAAGGUAACAGAAGGUAUGAAGAUGACCCUGACAUGUGACACGAUUCCUAAAUAUCCCACAAUCCUGCUAAUUGCUUUCUACAGAGAAGGAGAGAUGGUGCAAAAGUUCAAUUCAUCCAAUAUGUACCAGGUUCAGUCAGCUCGGCUGGAAAACUCAGGAAAAUAUACCUGUGAGGUCAGAACCUCAAACUAUGAUGUAAAGAGGAGAAGCCGUGUGUUACAUAUCCAGAUACAAGAGUUCUCAACCCCCCAAAUUAAAGUGAGCCCACAAGAAGUGACAGAAUGUGCGGAGAUGACCUUGACAUGUGACACGAUUCCUAAAUAUCCCACAGACCUGCUAAUUGCUUUCUACAGAGAUGGAGAGAUGGUGCAGGGGUUCAAUUCAUCCAAUAUGUACCAGGUUCAGUCAGCUCGGCUGGGGAACUCGGGAAAUUAUAUCUGUGAGGUCAGAACAUCAAACCAUAAUGUAAAGAAGAGAAGCCGUGUGUUACAUAUCCAGAUACAAGAACUAUUCUCAUUCCCCCAAAUUGAGGCGAACGUGCAGAAGAUGACAGAAGGUGCAGAGAUGACCCUGACAUGUGACACAUUUUCCCGAUCUCUCACAGACAUUAUAUUUGCUUUCUACAGAGAUGGAGAGAUGGUGCAGGGGUUCAAUUCAUCAAAUAAGUACCAGGUUCAGUCAGUUCAGCUGGAGAACUCGGGAAAUUAUACCUGUGAGGUCAGAGCAUCAAACUACAAUGUAAAGAAGAGAAGCAGCAUAUUGUAUAUCCAGAUACAUGGUUAG